UGUUUCCCAUUAAGUCAUCACCUCUCUAACUAAACCACUACUUCUCUUCCUUUUUCCUUUCUUUCUGACUCUUACAAAGAGUCUUGUACAUUCAUCUAUAGCCACAUUUGAGGAGCUGGUGGUGCAAUUUCCCGGCUAGCAAUGAGGCUUCUCGGUGGCGGCCCCGGACGGGGUCGUCAUUUGCCACACAUCUUAGUGGCAUUGGCGGCCAUUUUGGCUGUUGCUAAUCUUGUUUCUGCAGACCCUUAUGUAUAUGCUUCUCCACCUCCUCCACCUUAUGAGUACAAUUCACCACCCCCUCCUUCUCCCUCUCCACCACCGCCUUAUGAGUACAAGUCGCCACCACCUCCAUCACCCUCUCCACCACCACCAUACGUGUACAAGUCUCCACCACCUCCAUCACCCUCUCCACCACCACCAUACGUGUACAAGUCCCCGCCACCUCCUUCACCGUCUCCUCCACCACCGUAUGAGUACAAAUCACCACCCCCUCCUUCUCCUUCUCCACCACCACCUUACGUGUACAAGUCUCCACCACCUCCAUCGCCGUCUCCUCCACCACCUUACUACUAUAAAUCACCUCCUCCACCCUCACCAUCACCUCCUCCACCAUAUUAUUACAAGUCUCCACCACCUCCAUCACCUUCGCCACCACCACCUUACUACUAUAAGUCCCCUCCACCACCUGAUCCCUCACCACCACCACCUUACUACUAUAAGUCUCCACCUCCACCUUCACCAUCACCACCUCCACCUUAUUACUAUAAGUCUCCUCCACCACCUUCACCAUCACCUCCACCACCAUACUAUUACUCUUCCCCACCACCACCCAAGAAAUCACCUCCUCCACCAUACUACUACUCCUCUCCUCCACCACCCAAGAAGUCACCUCCACCUCCAUACUACUACAGUUCUCCACCACCACCAGUUAAGUCUCCUCCUCCACCAUACUAUUACUCCUCACCACCACCACCCAAGAAGUCACCUCCACCACCAUACUACUACUCCUCACCACCACCACCCAAGAAGUCACCUCCACCACCAUACUACUACAGUUCUCCACCACCACCAGUUAAGUCACCCCCACCCCCAUACUACUAUUCCUCACCACCUCCACCAAAGAAGUCCCCUCCUCCACCAUAUUACUACAGUUCUCCACCACCACCAGUUAAGUCACCCCCACCCCCAUACUACUACUCUUCCCCUCCACCACCAGUUAAGUCUCCUCCUCCACCAUACUAUUACUCUUCCCCUCCACCACCAGUUAAGUCACCUCCUCCACCAUAUUACUAUACUUCCCCUCCACCACCUACUCCUUACUAUCCUCCUCAUCAUCCCUUGAUCGUUAAGGUUGUCGGAAAAGUCUAUUGCUACAGAUGCUACGACUGGAAAUACCCAGAGAAAUCCCAUGACAAGAAGCACCUCAAAGGUGCUGUUGUUGAGGUGACAUGCAAGGUUGGUGACAAGAAAAUCCAGAGCUAUGGUACCACUAAAAUCAAUGGCAAGUUUAGCAUCACUGUUGAAGGAUUUGAUUAUGCCAAAUAUGGAGCAGAUGCAUGCAAGGCUAAACUCCACAAAGCACCAAAGGAUUCAAAAUGUAACAUCCCCACAAAUCUUCAUUGGGGCAUGAAGGGUGCUAACCUCAAAGUAAAGUCAAAGAAUCAUUAUGAAGUUGUGCUCUAUGCUAAACCAUUUGCUUAUGCUCCAAAAACUCCAUAUGAGGAAUGCAUGCAGCCUAAGCCAACUCCAACUCCUUACUACUACAAAUCUCCUCCACCACCAUCACCAAAAUACGUAUACAAAUCUCCACCUCCUCCAUCACCAAAGUACAUGUACAAGUCACCACCACCUCCAUCACCUAAAUACGUAUAUAAAUCUCCACCUCCACCUUCCCCGAAGUACGUGUACAAGUCACCACCUCCUCCAACCCCAACAUAUGUAUACAAGUCACCACCUCCUCCAUCACCUAAAUAUGUCUACAAGUCACCACCUCCUCCAUCACCAACAUACGUAUACAAGUCACCACCCCCUCCAUCCCCUAAAUACGUCUACAAGUCACCACCACCUCCAUCCCCUAAAUAUGUAUACAAAUCUCCACCUCCUCCAUCGCCGAAGUAUGUGUACAAGUCACCACCUCCCCCAACCCCAACAUACGUAUACAAGUCACCACCUCCUCCAUCACCUAAAUACAUCUACAAGUCACCACCUCCUCCAUCACCUAAAUACGUAUACAAGUCACCACCUCCUCCAUCGCCAACAUACGUAUACAAGUCACCACCUCCUCCAUCGCCUAAAUAUGUAUACAAAUCUCCACCUCCUCCAUCACCAAAGUACGAGUACAAGUCACCACCUCCUCCAUCACCUAAAUACGUGUACAAGUCACCACCUCCUCCAUCACCUAAAUACGUGUACAAGUCACCACCUCCUCCAUCACCGAAGUAUGUGUACAAGUCACCACCACCACCAUCACCGAAGUAUGUCUACAAGUCCCCACCUCCUCCAUCACCAAAGUACGUGUACAAAUCUCCACCACCACCACCAUACUAUUACAAGUCUCCUCCACCCCCAUCGCCAUCACCCCCACCUCCAUACUACUACAAAUCUCCACCUCCACCAUCACCAUCACCUCCACCUCCAUACUAUUACAAGUCUCCACCACCACCAUCGCCAUCUCCUCCUCCACCAUACUAUUACAAGUCUCCUCCACCUCCAUCUCCAUCACCCCCACCUCCCUACUACUACAAAUCACCACCACCCCCAUCACCAUCACCCCCACCUCCCUACUAUUACAAGUCUCCUCCACCACCAUCACCAUCUCCUCCUCCACCAUACUACUACAAGUCUCCACCACCACCGGAUCCAUCUCCUCCACCACCAUACUAUUACAAGUCUCCUCCACCUCCAUCUCCAUCACCCCCACCACCAUACUACUACAAGUCUCCUCCCCCACCAUCACCGUCACCUCCUCCACCAUACUACUACAAGUCCCCACCACCACCAUCCCCAUCACCUCCUCCACCAUACUACUACAAUUCCCCACCACCACCAUCCCCAUCACCUCCACCUCCCUACUACUACAAAUCUCCUCCACCACCAUCGCCAUCUCCUCCUCCACCAUACUAUUACAAGUCUCCACCACCACCAUCCCCAUCUCCUCCACCAUACUACUACAAAUCACCACCUCCACCAUCUCCAUCACCCCCACCUCCAUACUACUACAAGUCUCCUCCACCCCCAUCACCAUCACCCCCACCUCCGUACUACUACCACUCUCCACCACCGCCAUCACCAUCUCCACCACCUCCUUACUACUACCACUCUCCACCUCCCCUUGUGAAGUCUCCUCCUCCUCCAUACUACUACAGCUCACCUCCCCCACCCGUAAAAUCACCUCCCCCUCCAGUAUACAUCUAUGGUUCUCCACCACCACCAGUCCACUACUAAGCAGUUCGAAAAUCUUGGCCAUUUUCCACAACCACUCAAAUUUCAGUUUCAGUCACAAAAUAAGUGAUGGGUACUUGAGGAGAAGAUUAAGAGUUCCAUGGUCAAAAGCAAUUAAUUUAAUCAAUAAUAAGAUGUUCAACUUUGCAAGGUUGAUUCCUAGUGACUUGGACCACUUUGCUUCUACUCUGGUUGCCUUCUUACACAUUGUUCUCUGUGUGUCUUCACGUGGAAAGUGGCUUCGACAGCUUAGUUGGAACUAUAGUAAUUAUAUAUAGUGUACAAUUUCAUGUUGCUUCUUUAUAGUAAUUUAUUAUUAUAUUGUAUAGGCUUUGUAAUUUGAUUCGUUUGCUUUUAAUUAUUGUUGGCUGUCUCCUAGUGCCUACUUGUGCUUUUGUGCACCGAUUCAAUAAAGAGAUGAAUUUUCUUCA